AUAAAGACAAAAAACAUAAAUCAUAUCGCUAGUGUUGAACGUCUCAUAAAAUCUCACAUUUGAAAAAAAAAUGCUCGCCGUUGCACAUAAAAUCGAAUCCAUCAAUAUUAAUCGAGAGAAAGCAUUCUAUUGUUCGAUGUGUCCAUACGAAUGAGAUGUCCAUACGACCAAUAUCCCCCAUCCAUGACCGGAUCGGCUAUUGAUGAGUAAUCACGAUAAACGAAGAAUCGUUGCAAACGGCGCCAAAUCGAAAAUAAAUCUUUCAAUUUCAAUAAACAUAAAUCUGUCUCUGCCGGUGCUUUUCUUCAAGGCCUUCUUGUCCGUUGUCAACCUAAUUGAUGGUAAAAGUACACCGACGAUGGAAUUUGAAUGGAGCACUUUUAGCAGUCUGUGCUUCGAUGUGCUGUCAUUAUUAGUGGGCUUCGCUAGAUUACAGGCCCUAAUGGACUCUCAUUCACUAUAGAACCAUCAAAUGCAGUAAAUUACGCAUGCCCAUUUGUUCCAUUAGCAAAAAACCACUCGUUCCCAAAUAAGGCAAUUAUCGCAGUGACUAAUUGACGUUUUUUUUUUCGAUUCGUCUAUUUCCAGGCACACGUCGUAGCGGCAUUCGAACAAAGCUUAGCCAACAUGACCCAGCGGCUGCAAAUGCUGACAGCGACGACGGAGAAAAAGGACAGCGAAAUUCUGGACAUGCGACAGACGAUUGAGCUGCUGCGGAAGCAAUCGAUCCAGGCUGGCCUAACUACCGCCCAUAUGCAGAGUAUGGGCGUACAAGUUAACGGGCAGGUCAAUGGAAAUGGAAACACAGAUCAGACAAUGACAGCGCCACCACUGCCCCCUGGUGCGGAGAUUCAAAGGCACCAUAGCUCCGACUCUAUGUGCUCGUUGAAUUCAGUCAGCUCUGGCUGUUCGGCUCAGGACAAGAAGAAAAAGAAAGGAUGGGUAAGUGAACGUUUAAGCAUGGCAGUAUGAACUGUUUUAAGAUUCUACUAUAUAACUAUUUUAAAUAAGAAACUGACAAGUGAACAUUAGAUAUUAAUACUAAAAUCUGGGAUUGAACUUAAAAUCUGGAAAAUCGAAUUUUAAAAUUUAAAAACAAAGUUCUGCAAACAACAAAAUGGAUACCGAAAACUGAAAUUAAGCUUGAAUAAAAAUGGAAAUUCAACCUGAUAAAAAUAGAAAAUUGAAAAGCGGAAAGUGGGAACAAUAAAGCAGAAAACAGAAAGCGGAUAGGGGAAGGAGGAAAAUAAGAAAAUGAGAAUAGCGAAAAUGGCAAAAUGAGUUAAUGUAAACAUGUGAAAAUUGAAAAGGAUA